AUGUCCAAAAAAUUUGUGAAUAAAAUCGAUGAAGUUGUCGAUGAUUCGUUGAACGGAUUGGUCUACGCAAACAAAGGAAUACAAUUUCAUCCGGUGAGUUUGGUUAGAUUAGUGUAUAUUUAAUUAUGAAUAUAUCUAGACUUGUCAUCGAGUUGUUCUUCGUUCUGAUAUCCAACAAUAUCAACAAUCAAAAGUUGCAUUAAUUGCUGGCGGUGGAUCUGGGCAUGAGCCUUACGCAGCCGGUUAUAUUGGGAAAGGACUUUUGACUGCGGCGGUGGCUGGAAAUGUAUUCGCAUCACCGCCUUCGAGACAUGUUCAAGCUGCUUUAGAAGCUACGAAAUCACCAGGAGGUGCAAUUUUAUUUAUAAUAAAUUACACAGGUGAUCGAUUGAAUUUUGGAUUAGCUGCUGAAAGAUUCGAUGGAAAAGUAAAAGUUGUAACUAUCGGAGAUGACGUAGCAAUUGAUAAUCCGAAUAAUCGAGUUGGAAGACGUGGAUUAGCUGGAGCUGUUCUUAUGAUUAAAAUUGCUGGGUCUAUGGCAGAACAAGGAAAAUCAAUUGAUGAAAUUUAUAAUGUCUCUCAAAAUAUCGGGAAACGACUGGGAACUUUGGGAGUAUCACUUUAUCCAGGAGCGAUUCCUGGAAAAGCUCCCGAAACAAAUCUAAACGAAGAUGAAAUGGAAAUUGGACUCGGAAUUCAUGGUGAACCAGGAAAAAUUCGAUCAAGAUAUGUUCAUAUAAAAUCGAUAGUUUCGGAUAUUCUCAACACUUUAAGAAAUAAAAUGGAAUUGCAGAAAAAUCAGAAAUUUCGUGGUUCUUGUGAAUAA